AUGGGUCUCCUGCCACUCACCUACCGCCGCCCGGUGUACGUUAACAACUCGGCAGGCGAAAGCUCCUCCGACGUUUCCGACAGCGGCGAUGAGAAGCAGAGCACUACCGCCUCGUCUGUGCGCUCCGGCCAGUCUGGCACGCCCCAGGGUAUUCCUGAGUCUUUGACCUUCGACAAGAUCAUCGACGGCGGCACUUGUCCUCCAUGCACUGUUCGUGACUUCAUGAACUACCUAAUCUACAUUGAGCAUGCUGCGGAAAACUUGCAAUUUUUCCUCUGGCACCGUGACUAUGAGAAACGUUUUGGCGAGACCAAAACUUCAGACAUUUCACUCGCUCAGGAAUGGACCAAGGACAUGGAAACCGACGUCCUGCAACGCAUGUUCAAGGAGAAGUCACAGGGAAUGCGCAAGAAGCCUGGGCAGGAGAUCUUUAAAGGAACGGAUUUCGAGAAGAAAGGCCCUGUGGCGGCCAUUAUUGAGGAAUCCAACCCCUUUUCGACCCCGCCCCGGACACCCCACGACCAGGAGUCCGUCUACACCGGGUCCAACGGGGUUUCGAACGCCGACUCGUACCGCUCUCAGGCCAGCGAGGCCUUUGCUUCCGCCGGCGCCAAACAGCCUUUUACGAUUCAACCGUUUCGCGAGGAGUUAGAUCGUGUUAUCGCCACGUACAUCAUGGAGGGAGCGCCGCGACAGCUUAACCUUUCGGCCAAGGAGCGCGAUGCCACUCUCCACGCUCUCGCCUACACCACCCACCCCAGUGCUUGCCGUCUGGCAAUCAAGGUUAUUGAGAACUCGCUUCGUCAGCAAGCACACCCCAACUUCAUCCGAUGGUCGAUUUGCAACGGCAAUCCCGCUCGCGUUUUCUUCGCUCGCGCUCUCGGCGUUGGCCUCAUUGUCAUUGCUUUCGUUGCCGCCAUUCUCAUCACUCUCAGCCACGCAGGCCGCGGCUGGCGAGCACUAGCUGCCAUUGGUUGGGUUUUGGGCAUCUCAACAUUAGUCGCAGCCUACAAGGGCAUGUGCGUCGUUCUUCAUGGUAUGCACCAUCGCCACGUCCGCCCUUGGGAGCUGUUCGUCGACGAGGAAAGCGACGAUGAACAGGGCAAAACUUCGUUCGAGUCUUUCGGAACGACCAACAGCUUCGAGUCGGAGCCCUGGGUUAUCAAGUACGAAAAGCGGAACAUUGUUCGCAAGGUCUUUGACCGCGAAGUGUGGAUCGAGGAGCCUGCUCUGCGCACCAUUCAGGACACCAUCUUCUUGCAGGCCAUGCUGUGCGCCGUUCUUCUUGCUGGUGUCUUUACUGCCAUCUUUGUAGCGAUUCCCAAGCACGGCUACUUCUGA